AUUUGACUCGAUCUUCUAUACGACCGAACUUAAGCCUCUUAGGUUCCCAUACGCCAUUUGAAAAUACACGCUCAAAUCUGCAAUCUCUUGCAAUGAUAUUCACGGAUUCACACUUUUGUGUUUGAGUGUGAUGCAGGAAGUGCACAAUUUGAAGGACACGUCCUAAUGGAAAAUGCUUCAGAGGAACCUCUCUCUGUAACAGUAAGCUGCCAUGAAAGACUUAAUCAGCUUAUUAGUGGAGACUCACUAGACUUUGUUGCUUGGAAGGCGCUGAUAACAGAAGUCGAGACAUUUCACCCUGAUGACAUAGAUAUAAUUUCUUCAGCAUAUGACUCCCUUUUAUUGAAGUUCCCAUCGUGUCACUGGUAUUGGCAACGAUAUGCUUAUCACCAUGCACGGCUAUGCAAUGGUAAUAAGGCUGUUGAAAUCUUUGAGAAGGCAGUUGAGCUAACCCCAUUCUCUGUUGGAUUGUGGUAUGAAUAUUGCAACUUUGCCAUAACUUAUUCUGAUAAUGGAGAUAAUGUUCGCAGACUGUUUCAAAAAGGCAUGACUAUUGUAGGGAAGGAUUAUUAUUGUCAUGUGCUAUGGGACAAAUACAUAUUGUUUGAAUUCUCCCAGCAGAAGUGGGCCCAUCUUGCCAAUGUUUAUGCUCAGGCUCUACAUUUCCCUACCAAGAAACUACACAAAUAUUACAAAAUCUUUAAGGACCUUGUAACCGCUUUGGAGGAUGAGAUUCAAUCUCUCAACAAUGGAAACCUUGAAGUGCAAGCUGACCCUUAUAAAGAUGCAUCUGCACUAUCUGACAAAGAGAUCUCUCAGGUUGUCAAUGACCUCUGGGAUCCUUCUGAUAUAUCUGUGAGGUGUAAAGCAUUACAUAGGUACAAAGUUAUUGGAGAUCAGCUGUAUGAGAAAGCAUGCCAGCUUGAUAAAAAAAUAAAAAACUUUGAGUCGAACAUUCGGAGGCAUUAUUUUGAUGCAACUCCUUUGGAUGAUGAUCAACUAAACAAUUGGCAUCAGUAUCUUGACUUUAUUGAAGAGCAAAAGGAUUUUGAUUGGGCACUGAAACUUUACGAAAGAUGCUUGAUAUCAUGUGCUAACUACCCUGAAUUCUGGAUGCGCUAUGUGGAUUUCAUGGAGGCUCAAGGAGGACGAGAGUUGGCAAUGUUUGCUAUAGAGCGCGCAACAAAAGUAUAUCUUAAUAACAUUCCCGGGUUCCAUCUAUUUUCUGCAAGAUUCAUGGAACAAAUACAAGAUAUAGAUGGUGCUCGUGCCUUCUUUUCUAAUUAUGACCCACGUUGUGAUAUCUAUAUCAUUGAAAGUGUUGUAAAACAAGCAAAUAUGGAAUGGCGACUGGGAAACCAAGAAGCCGCUUGUGAGAUUUAUGAGAAAGCACUAAGAUGGGCAACUUCAGAUAAGGAGAGAAAGUUUUUUCUUCCAAAGCUAUACAUCCAUUAUUAUCAUCUUAAAUGCGUGAUGACAGGCGGUACAUAUGCUUCUAGAGAUGUAUUAAUAAAGGGAAUAAAACAAGUACCAGAUUGCAGACUUCUUUAUGAGGAACUGAUCAGGUUUGCAAUGGUGCAUGAUGGAGCUAAACAACUAAGGUUUAUAGAGACAGUUAUAACCACAGCAAUCUCUUCUUCAUCAGAUGAAUUAGAAGGAUUAGAUAUAAAAGAUAGAGAGUAUAUAUCAACUUUAUUUUUGGAGUUUGUUGAUCUUUGUGGAACGGUGCACGAUGUAAGGAAGGCAUGGAAUCUUCACAUCAAAUUGUUUCCCCAGUUUAUAAGGGUCAAUCCAUUAUAUAAGCGCUCCACAUUAAAAGAACGACAAAGCAAUGACUGUAUCCUGCUCAAUCUGCAAUCUGAAAAGCAAAGUUCUGGUCAUGUAAUCCUGCCACAGGUACAGGAGAUGUUAACUUUGCCUCCAUUGGUAGAUGAUAGACAGCCUAGCAGUGUCCCUGCUGAGCGAAUUUCAACUUUGAAUGAUGAUGUGCAGCCAUCUUCUAAGGUCUCUGUUGAGUUUGAAGAUGAAUCUAAAACCGAUGCAUUGAAACAAUUAAAAUUAAUUAAUGAUUUGGAUCUAAUGGACUGUGCGGCUAACUCCACAUGUCAAUCCAAAGAAGAUGCAUCUAGACCACUUGAGCCGAUAUGUGAGUUUGAACCACUAUUAGGACCAAAUUUGCCAACAGAAACAUCUCAAGAAGAAGAUAGGUCAAUUAAUGGUUCAUGUCCAAAGGAAAUUGAGCUUCAAUGCAUUAUGGAAUCAGUUUCUUUGGAAGAACAUUCCUCAGAUUCUCAGCGUAAAGUAAAUAAAGCUCAAGUUCUCGUGGCAUCUGAUAAUGGCAAUAACAAAGAAACUCCCACAACUGGCAGUAGCAUAUCAGCAGAAUUUCAUAAUGGUCAAGGCGGUCCUGUUGUAUCACAAUUGUCUCCUUCGCCUGUUUCUUGGACCCAAGGAAAUUUGGCAGGAUGCAUGACACAAACUUGGGAGCAGGUUGGGGGUCCCACAAACCAGGAUCAAGCGUUUAAUCAGAUGUGGCAAUAUCAUUAUCAGCAACAAUAUCAACAGUUUCUGCAAAUGCAGCAGUCCUACCCCCAUCUCCAACUGCAACAACAAUAUAUACACCAAACCUAUCAGCAUCAACUGAUGCCAUAUUUACAACAAAUGCCACAACAUUUUCAACAGCAAUAUCAGCAGAUGGUGCAACCAGUGCAGCCGUACAGGCAAGUACAAGAUCAGCAACUGCAGGCCUAUAAUCAGUAUUCAGCACUUGCCUACCAAUACCAAAUGAAUCCACAAGGAUAUCAGCAACUCUUGAAGCUAUACCAACAGGAUCAACAAGCAUUACAUGCCGUGCAGCAAGAACAAGGAGGAUAUCCCCAGGCUCAGCAACAUCAAGAACAGGAGCAGCUAGAUCAGUCCGAACAAGUUAUGGCACAGUCGAAGACAACAGCUACAGAUGGAUCUUGACGUCUUGCAUCUACACAUGAUGACAUGUAACUUCAUGGAAUCUUUCCUUCAAGUGUAGUUCAGUCACAUCAUAAUCAUACUUUGUAUUUUAUAUGUAAUGUUCUUCGCAUAAAAAAUAAGAAUGAAUAGUAUACCUUCAAAUUGAUGCAAUGAGACUAUGAGAGUUCAGAUCUAUGAAAAUUAAUGAGCAUUUAAUGCAUGGGCUCGCACCACGCUACAAUUAAAUGUUAUGAAGUCCACCUUUAUUUUGUGCAGUGUACCUAAUAUAUUAUAUAUAUGAGCCUUUAUAUUCCCAAAAUGAACGCACAUGAUGUAUUAUCAUUUUCAUAUAAUCGAGUGUUUUUAGCUGUG